UCAAUAUUUUGUUCUUCUUUCCCCUCCAGGAUUUUAGCAAGCGUAUUCGAGUCAACCUCAGUCCAUCCUACUUCAGCGAAUAAAUUUGUCAUUUCCGAAAAGCUAAUAAAAAAUCGCAAUAUGAGCGUCGAAGUCGCACAGCCUAUUUUCCAAUCUAUGUCACGUGUCGGUCAGCUGCCGGUUGUCGCUGCCGUAUUUGGUUCUGUUCAACGUGGCUACGAGAGGGUUAAGCAAUCUCCGGUUCCACUGGUGGGAUCUACGUUGAAUGCUGCCGAGGCUUCAGCCAAGUAUGCUGUAGCAACGGUCUCGCCGGUUGCGAUGAAAUUUCAGCGUCCGAUUGGCUUCGUGGAUUCGAUCGCCUGUAAAGGCCUGGAUGUCAUCGAAGCUAGGCUUCCUCUUGUGAAGAAAGAGCCCGAGCAGAUUAUUGCUGACGCCAAGGCCGUCAUCAGUGGAACUGUCAGUGCGCCUGUUAACAUGGCAAAGCAAAUGACAUCCUAUGGCAAGAAUAAGGCUGGCGAAGUUGCGGACUACAGCCAAGUCAAAUUGAUUCAAGCUGUCAAGACCAAGUAUGCUCAAGUCGCUUUGCAGAAUCUCGACUCAAUGCUCAACCUGGUCGACACAUACGUUGAUAAAUUGAUCCCGCCGCAAGAGAAGGACGAGAAGCUGCCCACGCGUGAACUUGAAGAGAAGGUUGAUCCGGCUUUGGUUCCACUGGUUCAUGCUGCCGCUCUAACAGACAAGAUCAGGCAUCGUCUCUACGUCAAGACUGUGAACACUGCUGAUUACCUGCAUAUUACUGAUCUGGCGAAAGCUGUGACCGCGCAAAUGCAAAGCGGCUCUCAAGCGAUUGUUGAUGCCACGAAUCGUGUCAUGAAAGAGACUUCGAACAUCACACCUGGAAAUGCUGCUCAGUUGAUCACCAGUGGCAUCGACUACAUCGAAUCCCAAGCCAAUGCAUGUGUCUCUGUCCGUGAGCUGAGAAAGUCACCUGAGAUCAUGCGGAACCUUGUUGGCGCUAUUUUGCUCAGCACUGCAUUGAAUUUGGUGGUAUCUUAUCCGGAAAUAAUAUCCGUUGAAGAGGAUUACGGUGACCUCACCAGAACGCCGAAUUUUACGGAUUAUGGAGAUGUUCCUCCUUUCUCUUUCCGUAGUUUAUUCAAAGAUAACACUUCGAACAAGAGUGAGAUUGUAAAAAUUCUGCGUGCGACAAUUUUUCCUGCUGGAGGCAACGAGACGACGGAAGCUGCCGCAGAAAUGAAAAUACCGGCAGAAGACUCGAUGAUGAAAGAAGAGGAGGAUCCAUCGAUGUCCGUUACGACCAAGGGCGAUGAAAUGGACGAAGAAACCGUACCCCGUUCCGACGACAUGGACGCCGAAGAAACAGAAGACGAAGAAGCCGAGGAAGAGAAAGAGUCGGGUUCCGUUCGAAUCCGCCGAUCAGCAGGCUACAAUUCUGGCAUUCAAUCAUCAUCAUCAUCCGGAUCUGGGUGGGACUCCGGCCACGCAGUGUCUCACCAGCCGAUCUACGUUCGUUCCCACGGAGGUUAUGGUCGUUCGAAGAAGGGUAUCGGGCACAAGCGCAAGAGCAAGGUUGUGGUCCAGCAUGUGACUUCCUACGAGCCCGUUGUCCACCACAAGCCCGUCAUUGCGUUGAAACGUGUCGUUAAGCACAAGCCAGUCAUAAAGUUGCAGCGGGUUGUGAGCUACAAACCCGUUCAUAAGAAGAUCAUCAGACCUGCUCCACAGCAGCCGAGCUACGGAUGGUGA